AGAAAGACAGGAAAAAAAGCGGAGGGCGAGGAGAGGGGCGGAAAGAAAGAAACGAAAACCACAAAAGAAAAAAAAAAAUCGCUGCUUUCGUUCACGGAGUCCCGCCCCCUCCGCCUUUAAACCGGCAACUCCGACGACGACUACGACGACGUUUUCCGCCCCGCCCCUUAAACAAGGUCCCACGAUUCCGCGCUUCCUUUCCCUUCAAGAUUCCAAGCGAGAGAUCGAUAAAGGGUGACGAAUCUAGAGAGAUUUAGGUUUUCGGGCGGUUUCGAAUCUCUUGCGCUCUCGCUCUCUCUCUUUGUUUGGCGUUUGGUUUCGAUUUCGGAGGUUUGCUUCGGAGUCUCUUUGCUGCUAGGGCUUGUGGCGAGUGUUGAGUUCAAUAAGAAGCAAUAGAUAUUGGGAAGGUGCAAGUCUGGUCAAUAGUGAUGGACUUGGGUUCUGCACUCUUGAAACUAGCUGCUGAAUCCGAUGUGUCUGGUCCGAAUAUUUUCGGGUGGCUUGUCACCGCUGGAUCAUUUGGACUGUUGGCCCUCAUUUAUGCAUUCCUUAAGCUGCAGAGACAGGCAUCCCUAAACUGGGUGAAAGCUGCUGCUAGGGAAAAGAAGAAGGCACGGAAGACAUUAAAAUGUCCAACUUCACGCCAUACAUGGAUGGAAGAUUAUUGUCAUAGUGAGCAGCCUUCAACAUGUUGUGUCUGUUUAUCUUCAUUGGUCUCUACACAAACUGUUGGUGCAAAGGGUGCUUGUAACGUUCCUCUUCACCGUUGCUCCAUAUGUGGUGUUGCAGCUCAUUUUCACUGUUCCCACUCUGCCACAAAGGAUUGCAAGUGUGUAGCACAAGGUGGUGCAUCCCACUUGCUGCACCAUUGGUCAGAAAGAUGGGUUGAAAUGGAUGACAAUUCUGAUACAUCUUCCUUUUGCUAUUACUGUGAUGAACCAUGUGGUAUACCUUUCCUUGGUGCUUCACCUAUAUGGCGUUGCUUGUGGUGUCAGCGCCUGAUACAUGUUGACUGUCAUGCCAAGUUAUUAAAAGAGACGGGUAAUGUCUGUGAUUUGGGUCCCUUUAGAAGGCUUGUUCUGUCUCCGCUUUGUGUGAAAGAAUUAAACACAGGGCAAGCAACUGGUGGCAUGUUAAAUUCUAUCAAGGAAGAGAUUAUAGCAUCAUCAGUUAGGGUUCGGAUUAGAAGGCGACGUAACCGGAGCAAGCAUGGGUACAAUUAUGCUUCUUUUUAUGGAGAUCCUAAUGGCAAAUUGCAGAACAGUUCAGAAAAAGGAUCAGUACUUGAAUCCAUGCUUAGAGGGGUUGUUGCAUUGGUCAGCACGAAUGAAAAGAAGAAUGGAUACUCUAUGAAGCAGGAUGGCGGGUUAGCAAGUCUUGAAUUCACUGAAAAUGGCUGCAUCCAGAAGAAUGGAGGCACCAUGAUCACAACUGAUAAAAAGGAGCACAAAUUGGUUGAUUUGCCACAGGAUGCCAGGCCUCUUCUUGUUUUCAUCAAUGCCAAGAGUGGAGCUCAAUAUGGACCUUCUCUUAGAAGGAGACUGAACAUGUUGUUGAAUCCUCUACAGGUUUUUGAGCUUAGUGCUUCACAGGGACCAGAGGUAGGACUGGCAUUGUUCCGUAACGUGCAAUAUUUUAGAGUUCUUGUAUGUGGUGGAGAUGGUACUGUAGCCUGGGUUCUCGAUGCCAUUGAAAAGGAAAAGUUCGAAUCUCCUCCACCUGUUGCUAUACUACCUCUUGGAACAGGAAAUGACUUGUCCAGGGUUUUGCGAUGGGGAGGAGGUUUGUCUUCUGUUGAAGGACAAGGUGGUUUGGGUGCCCUGCUGCAUGACAUUGACCAUGCUGCAAUCACAAUGCUCGACCGUUGGAAUGUUGCUAUCCAAGAAUAUGAUAGGGAGCAAAGCUGCAGUACAAAGAAACUUAAGUUUAUGACAAAUUAUCUAGGUGUUGGAUGUGAUGCAAAGGUUGCAUACGACUUUCACAUGAUGCGCGAAGAAAGACCUGAUAAGUUCUAUAGCCAGUUUGUGAACAAAUUGCGAUAUGCCAAAGAAGGUGCCAAGGAUAUGGUGGACAGAGCUUGCGCUGAUUUACCAUGGCAAGUGAGCCUUGAAGUUGAUGGUGAUGAGAUCGAAAUCCCAGAGGAUGCUGAAGGUGUGCUUGUGCUAAAUAUUGGUAGCUAUAUGGGAGGGGUGGAUCUUUGGCAAAAUGACUAUGAGCAUGAUGAUGAUUUUGGUCUCCAAUCAAUGCAUGAUAAAACACUUGAAGUUGUGUGCAUAUCUGGAACAUGGCACCUCGGGAAACUUCAGGUAGGACUUUCGCAAGCCAGAAGGCUGGCCCAAGGAAAAGUGAUAAGAUUGCACAUCCACAGUCCAUUUCCUGUCCAGGUCGAUGGGGAACCAUGGAUUCAGCAGCCCGGUUGCCUGGAAAUAACUCAUCAUGGGCAGGUGUUUAUGCUGAGGAGGGCAUCUGAGGAGCCCACUGGGCAUGCUGCAGCCAUCAUGACAGAGGUCCUUGUUAAUGCAGAGUGCAAUGGUGUCAUCAAUGCUGCUCAAAAGAGACUGCUUCUCCAGCAGAUGGCACUCCGGCUUUCUGCCUGACUCCGCAUGCAGUCCACCCGCCAUCUUUUACCCUUUACAGCUUGCUGUUGCUGAUGGUAAUUAGAAAGAACUGGUCUUCUUUCAGUGUCAAUAGGCAACAUCUUUUGCUUCAGGUAGCUCUACACAGUGAAGGAAAGAGGUGAAAACUUCCUUCCCUUUUUAACCCCUUGGGUUUUGCAGCCCUAGUAGAUCAUGAGUUUUUUUCCGAGAAGGGAAGAGGUUAACUUCCUUUAUCUGAAAUUUCUUUCAUGUCUGGUGUGAAUUCAUAUAGUUACUCAGAGUGGAGAGAAGUGAGGGCGGAACAAGCUCAGUUUUGUAACAUCGAUACGUAUAUUGUUGCUACCUACAGAAUAUAAAGAUGGAUAAUCAAUCAUACUUGUGGUGUUUCUGGAA